AUGGCGGCACCAGUGGAGGAGGCCGGCGCUCCGCGCUACAUCCUGAUUCCGCUGCACGGCACAGGCGAGGCGGUGGCGGUGGACGUGGAUCGCCUGCCGUCCGAUCACGGCGAUCUGGUCGACAUUCUCAAGGGCGAGCAGGCGCCGCUCGACUGCUGGCUGCACCUCGCGGUGGACGCGGAGAGAGUAUAUGAGACGUCUCGCCACGAGCGCAUAGCCAUGCUGAACGCAUUAGGAGCACACUACACGGGGCUGGGGCGCGUGGCACGGCGGCAGAAGCGAGACGAGGUGCUGAUCAAGGUGGUGGACUUCUAUAACAAGGCUGCUCGUAUCAGCAGUGAAGCUGUCGCCACGUGGGUGGGGAAAGGGCAGCUGCAGCUGGUGAAGGGCGAGGUGCAUCAGGCGGAGGAGAUGUUCUCCCUCGCCCUCGCUGGCGCGCCUGACUAUGUGCCUGCUCUGCUAGGCAAGGCGUGUGUGCUCUUCCACAAGGCCAAGUUCCAAGACGCUCUCAACCUCUACAAGGUGGGUGGGCCCCUCACUGCACUGCUCUGCAUGCUGCCCUCUCCACCAUAA